AAGUGGGCGCCGAAAACUUUCCAUGAUUUUAACCGAUGCUGAGGGCUACUCUUUGCGUGCACUAAAAUCUGCAUCCAACAAUGGCAAAAAUGUUCUCUAUGUGGUUCCAAUUCAAGAGAAACUUUCAACAGAACCCCUACCCUACGAGGCUCCUGAAUUUUGUAAAAUGCCCAAAGCAAACUGUGUGUCAUGUGGCCAGAAAAUGCCCCUUCAGAUGCUGGCUUUACAUGUAGAGGAAUGUUCAAAAGCUGAAUCUGAGCAAGAUCUGGAGGAUGAUACUGAAGAAUUUCAGGUUACAGACACUGAGGAUUCAUUUGGGACUUGCCCCAUUUGCCAGACAGUGAUACCAACUGAUUUACUCCCAACCCAUGCAAAUUUCUGCAUUGACAGAAAUAGUCCCAGGGAUGCCACCAAUAACAGUCCCCAUCAGAUAGAGGAACUUCCUGGACCUUCUUCAUCUGUGGACUCAUCUGUACAAGCAGGAGCUAAUUCAAACGAAUGGAUGAAGAUUUUAGAUCCAGGCAUGGCGUCUGUAUUGUUCUGCAGGACUCUGCUGAGGGAACAGAGCCAGUCAAAGCCACUGCGUUUCCACCUGGAUUUAAAAGACAGUCCUGAGGACCAAGAAAGAUCCAUUUUGUCUUUUUACAAGGCAAAGGGAUUGAACUGGGCUGCUCCACUAAAGUGCAUAUUAGAAGGUAACUGUUAGCAGAUUUAUGAAUAUUUUAGUCGAAGCCUUUCUCAGGUCUUUCCUUUUUUUAAUGUGUUGCAGAAUUUUUUUUAAUAUAUUCUUUAAUAUGUAUUAACAAAGUCUUCAUAGUAGGGCUGUGCAAAAAAACGAAUGCGAUUUUCAUGCACAUCUCAUCAGUAAAGACGCUCCUUUAAUUAGAAGUAUUAUCUCCAGCACGUGUGUUCAGCUCA